CUGGUCAAAACAGAUCAGUUUUAAAGGACUGGCUCAGAGAGGAAGCACUGGUUCAGAGAGGACUGAAGCUGUUCCUGAGUCAGAGAGUGAAGGAAGAUUUAACCUCUUGAUGCCUGUGAAGCUGUGGGAGGGUGGCUGACAUGUCAAUCCAAAGGGCAGAGGGCAUGUCCAUCAUGCAGGCCUUAGCCAUGACAGUGGCUGAGAUACCUGUUUUCCUCUACUCCACCUUCGGACAGUCCAUUUUCUCUCAGCUGCGUCUGUCUCCUAAUCUGAAAAAGGUUCUCUUUGCUACGGCGCUUGGCAGUGUUGCCUUAGCAUUAACUGCCCAUCAGCUGAAGCGGCGUGGACGUAAGAGGAAGCAGGUGACCAGUAAGGACGCCCAGAAGAAGCCUACCGUGGGUGUGCCUGAAUCACUCCUCAGAACCAGCCGACCGGCCUCACUUAAGAGAGGCCCAUUUCCAGGGCGCCAGAUUAUGAGUCCCAGCACACGCAGUAACGACACCUUGAGUGGCAUCUCCUCUCUGGCUCACAGCAAACACUCGAGUUCCUCACACAGUCUGGCAUCUGUGCGAGUCCCAUCUUCUCCCAACCAGUCAGCCAAUGCAGGCACUCCAUGGGAGGCAGAACCAGUGGCUGAGGAGCCCGGAGCAGUGGAGGAGUCAAACGCAGAGAACCUGUACCUCAUGGGUAUGGAGUUGUUUGAGGAGGCGUUACAGAAAUGGGAACAGGCUCUAAAUAUUAGGCGAGGUGCUCAUUCAGACACAGCAGCCAGUUCUGGUCUUGUCCUUCAGGGGGCAGAAGUCGCCCCACUUCCAACAGCGGACAUGCACCACCGUCAGUUUGCAGAGAAGCUGGAGUCUCUGUUGCAUCGGGCCUACCAUCUGCAGGAAGACUUCGGAAGCUCCAUUCCACCAGAUAGUCUUCUCGCUGACCUUGUAGAGAGUGAGGGGACGUUGAUCCUUCCGAACGUGGAGAGCUCUCAGCGAAAUCAAGACGAUGACGCAACCACUGUCACCUCUGAUGACUCCUUCUUUUCUGCAGCAGAGCUGUUUGAUACGUUUUCUUUGGAAGAGGUUUAUCAGCCAUUGAAACCUGCAGCUCUCUAUGAGGAAGCUCUGACUCUUGUGAAGGCAGGGGAUGUCCUUUGCAGAUCACUCAGAACUGAGCUGCUGGAGUGUUACAGUGAUCAGGACUUCCUGGCCAAAUUGCACUGUGUGAGACAAGCUUUCCAGAUAUUGUUGUUGGAGGAGACUCAUCGGACAUUCUUCACGGAGACAGGAAAACAGAUGAUCAGUGGACUCAUGAUCAAAGCCAACAAAAGCCCAAAGGCUUUUCUGGAGAGCUAUGAGGACAUGCUGCUGUAUACUCAGAGAGAGGAAACCUGGCCCAUCACCAAGAUGGAGCUCGAAGGAAGAGGGGUGGUGUGUAUGAAUUUCUUUGACAUUGUGUUGGACUUUAUCCUAAUGGACGCCUUUGAGGACUUGGAGAGUCCUCCGUCUUCAGUAGUCGCAGUCCUGAGGAACCGCUGGCUCUCCGACAGCUUUAAAGAGACGGCAUUGGCCACUGCAUGCUGGUCUGUGUUGAAAGCUAAGAGGAGGUUGCUAAUGGUCCCAGAUGGUUUUAUAUCGCACUUCUAUGCCAUCUCAGAGCAUGUGAGUCCAGUUUUGGCCUUUGGCUUCUUGGGCCCCAGGCAACACCUUAGUGAGGUCUGCACCAUAUUUAAGCAACAAGUGGUGCAGUAUCUAAAGGACAUGUUUGACCAUGAUAAAGUGCGUUUCACCUCUGCCCAGUGUCUGGCUGAGGACAUCCUGAGUCUGUCUCAUCGACGCAGUGACAUUCUGCUGGGUUACCUGGGCAUUGACAGCUUGCCCGAACCCAAUGGGUCACUGCCCCAAAACCAGAAACCUGAUCCGGACCCAGGCCUUGGCCACAGUGGGCCCUAGAACUGACAUGUCCAACUCAGCUGGGUUCUCUGUUUUUCAGAGGAGACUCUCAUUAACUGUCGGACCUCCUGAAGUGCUUAUAAGACAGAGAAGCCUCGAGGUGCGCAGAUGUGCGGGUGUCCAUGUGUGUCUGGCUGUGUGUAUGUGUGUGUGUGUGUGUGUGUUUGUGUUUAAAAUAAGAAGUAGAACCUAAAUGGGGUAAAGUUUGAACCUGCUGAGUUAACGAUGGAGAAUGCUGCUAUAGGACCCAUUUUUCCCCACUACAGACCCAGAGACUGAACCUAUGGAGAAGUCAGAUUCACCUUUCAGGAGUCUUUCCCCAGAACUCUCUAUGUCAUUCACUCACAAACACACAACACACGCUUAUCAUACCUAUUGUGUCAUUUCUCCUCAAUUGGAGUACGUAACCACAGCCUUUAUGAUUUUUUUUUAUGUUGCCAGUAGAAUUCUUUCUUUGAAGUGCAAACUUAUAUGUGAGUGUGUGUAUGUGUGUGUUUUGUAUCUAAGAAUGGUGUUUUGGGGUAUUGUCCUAGCCAAAUAACACUCGCCCUGCAGACAUUCAUUUUAAGCUAUUGAUCAUUGAACUGUUGAAUUAUGAACUGUUGUCUAAAGAGUUUUGGUUUAGAUUUAUAUACCUCUUUCUGGCAAAUCGCCACAGAAAAGCACUGAUUCAGAGUGUGAUUUGGUUGAAAAAGAGAAAAAUUGUGACUCAUGGGAGCCUGGUUACACUGGGGAGCUGAAACUGUUUGCUGCUCAGUAGUAUUCAGUGGCUUUAUACAGUACAGAGAUUGCACCGUGGCGUUGUGGGUUCGCAGAGGCAUUAUGGGAAAUCCCCAGUGGGGCAUAUUGUAAUUUUACCGCCUGAGUUGCACUGUUGAGUCAGGAGCUAGCGGCAAGUUGACAGUCGUUUUGAUACUGUCGCAUUUAUAAAUGGCUUUAAAUUUCACCUGCAAAUAAUAGGCAAACCAUGCAGCACGUGAUUAGUUGAACUGACAGCAGCCUGGUGUGUCAUGGUUAAAGGAUGCAUGCUUAUUUAUGUUUGUUUGUGUGUGUAUGUAAUGUAUCAGCAAGUCCAGAGGUCCUUUCCACUUUCUUUUUGAACUUAUACUCAAUCAGUAAUGAGCUUUCUGUCCCAGUAAAACACUUAGCAUCU